AGACGUGGCCCAGCGCUGCCGUAACACUAACGAGCCUUAGGAAUCCCCCCCAAAAAAGGACAGAAUCUUGAAGAAAACAACGAAAAAGGAGCAAAAAACGAACCAGAGCAGGAGCUUUAGCUGACCUGCAAUCAUGGACCCCUCUUUACCUCCAGACCCGAACCCAGAGCCAGAACCGUCUCCAGAUGUCACUCCACAAGCAGACGCCGUUCACGGGUCACCUGUCCAACCCACCCUGGACUCAAACCCACAGCCUUCCCAGGAACUGCUUUCAGAUCCGACCCUAGAACCGUCUGAAGAACCGACCCUGAACCCAGAAAUAAAGCUAGAGCCAUCAGCACCAGAACUCACACCAGAGGCACCGGCCCCAGAACCGGCCCCGGGCCCCCCUCCAGCGGCCAACUCCUACAAGAUCAUGACUUUUAGACCCACCAUGGAGGAGUUCAAGGACUUUGGGAAGUACAUCGCUUACAUCGAGACCCAAGGAGCUCAUCGAGCUGGUCUGGCAAAGGUUAUUCCACCGAAGGAGUGGAAGCCGCGGAGUUCCUAUGAGACCAUUGAAGAGAUGGUCAUUCCCGCUCCCAUCAUGCAAGUGGUGACCGGCCAAUCAGGACUCUUCACUCAAUACAACAUCCAGAAGAAGUCCAUGACAGUCGGAGAAUAUCGCAAACUGGCCAAUAGUAAAAAGUACUGCACCCCUCCACACAAGGAUUUCGAUGACCUGGAAAGAAAAUACUGGAAAAACUUGACAUUUGUGUCGCCUAUUUAUGGCGCUGACAUCAGCGGGUCCCUCUAUGACCCGGACAUCACGGAGUGGAACAUCAGCCAUCUGAACACUCUUCUGGACAUGGUGGAGCAGGAGUGUGGGAUCGUUAUUGAGGGCGUCAACACGCCCUACCUGUACUUCGGCAUGUGGAAAACCACUUUCGCCUGGCACACAGAGGACAUGGACCUCUACAGCAUCAACUACCUGCAUUUCGGCCAACCAAAGUCCUGGUAUGCGAUUCCUCCCGAGCACGGCAAGAGGUUGGAGCGGCUGGCGCAAGGCUUUUUUCCAGGAAGUUCUCAGGGCUGCGACGCGUUUCUCCGUCACAAGAUGACCCUCAUUUCUCCAUCGAUCCUGAAGAAAUACAGCAUCCCCUUUGACAGAAUCACGCAGGAGGAAGGCGAGUUCAUGAUCACGUUUCCGUACGGAUAUCACGCCGGAUUCAACCACGGCUUCAACUGCGCCGAGUCCACGAACUUCGCGACCCUGCGCUGGAUCGACUAUGGCAAGAUGGCCACGCAGGUGAGCUGCACUUGCCGUAAGGACAUGGUGAAGAUCUCCAUGGACGUCUUCGUUCGCUGCCUGCAGCCUGACCGCUACGAGCUGUGGAAACAGGGGAAAGAUAACACGCUCCUGGACCACCUCAAACCCACGAGCCUCACCAGCCCCGAGCUGGAGCACUGGAGGAAAACCAGAGUCACGUACAGAGAGAAACUCCUGCGCAGAGUUCAAGCGAAGGUGAAACAGUUCCGCCGUCUGAAGCUGGAGGAGGUGAAGGUUCUGGAAAUGGAGGGAGUAGAGCUGGACAUGAGUGAAUACCUGCUCAAGGUGGAGGAGCGCGAGCAGCAGCGGCGGCAGCAGAAGGACGAGCGCAUGGCGCGGGAGGCACUCCUCACACUGGAGGCGCUGGAGAGGGAGGAGCAGGAGCAGGCGGAAGCAGCGCUCCGUUUAGAAGCUGAAGAUAUAAAAACAGAAUCUCAGGAUCCUCCAUCGGAAAACGGAGAGGAGAAGAAGAAGAAGAAAAAGAAGAAACCGAAGCAUCCCGACGAUCUCUCCUUCCAGCAGGUGUUUGAGCAAUUUGCUUCCACCGACAUUCAGGACCAGAGUAAUGGAGCUGCUCCCGGCCUGCAGCCAAAACCUUUCACGAAACUGAAGAAGAAAGUUGAGGUGAAGAAGAGCCGAAGACAUCCGUUCAGCAAGCCACCCAUGCGCUCUCCUCACUCCAUAGUCAAACAGGAAGCCUCCAGCGAUGAGGAGCUGUACUCUGGGCUGCCUGUAGGUGGCGACGUUCCGCCGGAGGCCAAGAAGUCUGAGGAGAGCGCGCUGUGGCAGAACCGCGUGCCAAACUUCCUGGCCGAGAAACAGUUCAACGCUGCGAUGGCGACCAUCGAGCCGCACUGCGCCGUCUGCACGCUCUUCUGUCCGUACACACAGCCUCUUAAGGACCCCUUCCACCUCUCGGACAUGUCUGGUCUGGUGUCCCGGGUCGGCUCUCGCACCCGUCCACUGGUUCCAGAGAUGUGCUUCAGCGCAGGAGCUGAAAACACAGAGCCGCUGCCGUCGAACUCUCACAUCGGUGACGACGGCACCAGUGUCCUGCUGUCCUGUGGCUGCUGCGGCCUACAAGUCCACACAAGUUGUUACGGCGUAAAUCCCGAAACGAAACGGGACGGCUGGAUGUGUUCUCGGUGCACUGCGGCCGACUGGACAGCGGGCUGCUGUUUGUGCAGUUUAAGAGGAGGAGCUUUGAAGAAAACCACAGAUGACAGGUGGGUUCACGUGAUCUGUGCCAUCGCUGUAGCCGAGGCUCGUUUCGUUAACGCUGUGGAGCGAGAGCCUGUGGACGUGACGGCUGUCCCCGACACCAGGAAGAGUUUGAAGUGUGUCUACUGCCACAAGACGACUAAGCAGAUCUUCGGCGCAUGUAUCCAGUGCUCUUUGGACAACUGUUCCACUUCCUUCCACGUCACCUGUGCCCUCCUCGCUGGAGUCGUCAUGAAGCCAGCUGAUUGGCCAUACGUGGUGUCCGUCACCUGCCACAAACACAAACAGACCAAUCAGAAGGUGUGUAGCCACCAUAGAAGGGAUCUUAAUGCACACGGUGAUCCUCAAACUGACGGUUUCCCUCCGUUGCAGGUCAAAAGUGGCUCACGCGAGCUGUCUUUGGGUCAGGAGGUCAUCGGCAAGAGCAGCAAUGGUUGGUUCUACCGCUGCACCAUCACCGGCAUCGGCACGCAAAACUACUAUGAAGUCAACUUUGAUGACGGCUCCUACUGUGAUAACGUCUUCCCAGAGAACCUGCUGAGUCAUGACUGCCUGAGGAACGGCCCUCCAGAUCUGGGUGAACUCGUGGUGGUCAACACCUUUGACGGACGGGUUCUCAACGCUUCUUUCAUCAAGGAACAUAUCCACCGAUACUAUCAGGUGGAGUUUCAGGACGAGACGCAGAUCUUACUGAAGCGCAGCGAGAUUCACUCUCUGGACCAUGAGCUGCCCAAGAGGGUCAUGUCUCGUCUGGCAACUGUGAACCAACAGCAACCUCAGGUGCAACCGUCAGACGAACCUCUUGCCGCAAAGCGCCCUCGUCUGCCGACACCGCCUCCAAUACUAGCCAUUGAGCCCUCAGCACUACCUCCAGAAAUAGUCACCACUUUCCUUCCUGCUAGUAUUACUCCAAACACCAGCACUGCCCCCUGCCUGACUCCCCCCACCUCACUUCCUGUUACAGCAGCCACACUUCCUGCCCCGGAACCCAGCGAGAGUUACACACACAGCUCCAGUUACGUAGCCUACAUGGAGUCUCUCCUCAACUCUGACUUUCCUCCAGAAGAGGGUGAACAAGGUGUUGAGCAGAUGUAUUGAAGCGCCACUUUGCGCUACCAGCUAUUCGUCAACACAUACAGAUUUUAAAUUCAUCUACUGCAUGUCUUUGUUUCAUUUAUUCGCUGUCGUGCUAAUCCGAGUCUCCCACCUAUGAACGCGUGGGACGCAUGCGUGUCAUAGCUUGAAGCUGAAACAGACCCAGUACAUACCCUUGGGUGACGCCUCACUUUUCCGACCCUUUCCACGAUCCCUCGCUCCGGUUCUUUCACUUAACACGAAGAGCUGCCACACGUUUUCAGAUGGGAUAAUCAUUCACUUGUAUGUGCUGUUGACUUUAUACCUGAUUUUUUUCUCAAACGAGUGCAAAAUAUUUUUCUAACUCAAGCCAAAUCAUGCUACCCGGUCACAGAUCACAUAGACAGUCUAAAUUUGUACAGUUUCGGGUAUUUUUCUCUACGCUCAAGUGUUCGGGCGGGGGGUCACAGGAAGAGUUUUUGCUGGGCUCAUUGGAUUUAACAAGUAUUUAAAUGUCUUUUGUCGCAUAUAGAUUUAAUACUUGUAUAAACAAAAUCAAUUAUGGCAGCAACAGAAGCUACAGUUUUCAGUUUACGUACACAUCUGUGUUACGAUAGAUUUGCGUAUCUUCAUGUAUUCUUCUAUAAUCUAUGAUAAAAACUUUUUCAGCACCAGAUGAAUUGUUUUUCUAGCAUACUUGGUAGACGUUGAUAUUGAAUACUAUUGUCUGUUUUUUUAUUAUAAUUACCGUUGUUGUUAUUGAUUAUUAUUUUUAUUGAUUUUUAUUUUGGUGAAUAUUUGCAACAUAUUGUCAAAAGAUAAAAAAAAAAUUGAAUAUCAUUUUUAUUCAAAAGGUUGAAGUGGCAUACAUUUAAGCGUAUAGUCAUAGGUGAUAUUAAACAGAUACGCAAUCUGCCUUCUCAAGGUGCUAUAGAGGUCUUAGACUACUGAGGGGCGAUCCGGGUCAUGUGACCCAGAAUUAGGUGUACAUACUAGAUGUCCUGCUUGCAAAUUGGAAAAAUUGUCUUCAGUAUAACUUCUAGUCUUAUCAAAUGCCAUCACAUUCAAAUAAAGGGUCUGGUUGUCGCUUUGGAUUUGUUUUCUCCUUGUUGUUUGGCCAUCCUUGUUGUUUCAUCUUCUGACGCGAGCGAUUAUCAAUCAGCACGCCUCCUUCACUGGUACUUGUGGGUUCAUUAUUCAAAUAGCACUGAAAGCUUAAUCCAGCAAACCCUCCAUUAAUUUGGAAACAAACACUUGGAUAAGACCGUUACAGACAUGAUUGUUGUUAUAGACUAAAGUCAAAACGGACCCAGUACAUAGCCUUGGGAGAUGCCACACUCUUCUGAUGCUUCCAACAACCCCUUGCUCCACCUUUUUUGUCAAACUGAAAAUGAUUUUCAUAUGGAAUAGUCAUUCACUUGCUUUAGCAUGCCAUAGAUUUUGGAGAAUUGUGCAAAAUACAAAGUAAAUGAAUGCAAGGAAAGUCCCCAAACGAGGUUAUUUUUUCAUUAAAUAGACUGUUUGAAAAUUAUUAAUUGCGUUCCUUUUUAUUGCAUUAUUUUUCAA